AUGGCGGGACCCAGCAACAUCGCCCCGAAGGAGCUGGUGGUGGUGGCGGCGGGGCCCCCAGGGGGACAUUCAGCCAUACCAACAGACGAAGACGAAGACGAAGAAGAAGAAGAAGAAGAAGAAGAAGAAGAAGAAGAAGAAGAAGAAGAUGAUGAUGAUGAUGAUUCUGAAGGAAAUAACGAUGAUGCAGAAGAUGAUAAUGAUGAAGAAGAAGCUAAUGUUAGUGAUGACGACGACGAUAAUGACGAUGAUGACGAAGAUAAUGAUGACGACGAAGAUAAUGAUGACGAAGACGCUAAUGACGAAGAUAAUGAUGAUGGAGAUAAUGACAAUGAUGACGAACAAGAUAAAGAUAAUGAAGAAGAUAAUGAAGAUGAUGACGAACCCCGAGGCGCGCCCAUCUCCCAGUGCCCUCCCACCUGUCCGAUACACCUGUUGGCUCCUGCCGCCGCCCCCGCCCCCCUCUCGCCUCGGGCCAACCAAGGUCUCUUACCUCCCGUUGCUGGUUGCUCUCCUCCUCCUCCUCCUCCUCCUCCUCCUCCUCCGCUGAUGGUGCUGCUGCUACUGCUGGUAGCUGAAGGUGCUGGUGCUUCUGCUGGUACUGCUGAUGCUGCUGGUCCUAGUGGUGGUGCUGUUUCUGCUGGUACUGGUGCUGACGCUGUUGCUGGUCCUAGAGGGGCUGCUGCCUCUGCUGGUACUGCUUAUGCUGCUAGUCCUAGUGGUGGUUCUGUUUCUGCUGGUGGUACUGGUGCUGAUGCUGGUGAUGAUGCUGGUGCUGCCUUGGAUGCCCACUUCAACUUGCUCCAACGUCCGUCCGUCCGUCCGUCCCAAGAAUGA